ACAAUGCUCUCUGGAAAUUGGUAUUCAAUCCCGGGUAGUACGGGUCCGCGACUACACAUACGCAGCAAGAUGCCAAUGCUCAAACCCGUCUACUGUUUUGUCUCAGCCCUUCGAUCUUGUGUUGGACUCAUGGGAACUUCUUAGAGAGACAAAGGGGGAAGUGAUAAAAUGGGCUUCUUCAGUAUCGCCCAUUUGAAAAUCUGUCAUCACUGUCAUUGUGGGAUCUAGGGAAGUUUAUUUGAUUCGAUGAUAACAGUUAUGUCACUCAACAUGAACGCCUCAUGUCCCUCAAUUUACUGUUACUCUGCUGUUCAACAUUAGAAAUUCUACCUGCCAUAAUCUCUUCAAAAGAAUAAUUGACAACAGAACAAGAUGACAACUUUUUUUACUCCAGAACGGCAUGGAUAUGCAGUUCGCUUUUCCCCAUUUUACAAAGAUCGAAUUGCAGUUGCCACUUCUCAACAGUUCGGUUUAGCAGGAGGUGGGACAUUAUUUGUAUUAGAACGAACACCAGUUUCCACUCUCGAGCGUAUAGCAGUCUUUGAAUGGUCUGAUGGAUUAUUUGAUGUAGCGUGGUGUGAAGGAAACCCUGACAUAGCUGUGACUGGAAGCGGUGAUGGACACCUGCAAGUGUGGAAUCUUCACCACCCCUCUAUGCCUGUGAAAACCUAUCAUGAACACACCAAAGAAGUUUAUUCUGUAAAUUGGAAUUCUCACAACCGCCAAAGAAUUCUGUCUGCAUCAUGGGACUGCUCAGUCAAAACGUGGGACUUAGGAUAUCCAAAAUCCACCAGAACAUAUGAGGGUCAUACUCAACUAGUUUAUGAUGCUGUUUGGUCUCCUGCUGUCCCUUCCAUGUUUGCUUCUGUGGCAGGGGAUGGUGUGCUGCAUAUAUGGGAUGAGGAAGUGGCCACUGCACCCAGAAUGUCUGUGCGAGCUCAUGAAGCUGAAGUUUUAUCAUGUGAUUGGUGUAAAUAUGAUCAAAAUAUUCUAGCUACUGGAGCUUCUGAUGGGUUGAUACGCAUAUGGGAUACUCGAAAACUAGCCACUCCAGUGACUGAACUUCAGGGCUGUGAAUAUGCUGUACGCAGGGUAAAAUUUUCACCUUAUCACGCUUCUAUACUUGCUUCUGCUUCAUAUGAUUUCACUUCACGGAUAUGGGAUUUUAAAACAUCUUCUGAAGAAAUAGAAACAGUGAAACAUCAUUCUGAAUUUGUUUAUGGCCUUGACUUCAAUCCCCAUGUUCCCGGUGAAUUGGCUGAUUGUGGUUGGGACUCACUAGUUCAUAUUUUUUCUCCUUCAUCUCUUAGUUGUCUUCCUUUGUCAGAACCGAGAUAAAAUUUGAUUUGAUACA